AAAUCACAUGUUUGCAUAAUAUAUAGGCUGUACUUCAUAGACCGUGGUUUCCUAUUUGUGCUGCAAAAUCUGAAAUUUCUUUCACAUCAUGAAUCUAUUGAUUACUGCGAUGAUAUUGGGCUUGGCGCAUGAAAGUUUGCAAGGACUAUCGAAUUCCAGACAUAGGCAUUGUCCAGAUGAAGUUGGAAGCUCUAUCAAUACAUUUGAUAUGGACUCGUACCCAACCGACCCCUACAUGGUAGACACGAUGCAAUAUUACGAUGAACUACGACCCAUGCCCUAUGGAUUCGUUAUGGAAAGCGACGGUUUUCCUCACAAUGGCCCUGUGAAGGUUGGAGGGCGUAAAGAAAAUAAGAAUUUACUUGUUCUAACUCGCAUGUCACCGGACGAAUACAAACCACGUAUUCGCUUUGGAUAGUGUGUUGUAAUCUGCGGAAUUAUUGUUUGUCAAUAAAGUAUACAAAUAAUUA